AUGUCUUCAUCAACUAAUAUCAGUCGUCCUUACGAUUUAUAUGAAUUUCCCUAUGAUUUAAGAAAGGAAAAACUUAAAAAUUGGGAAGAUUAUGGCAAAAUUUGCGGCAAAAUUUUUGCUGUACUUAAAGGUAAUAUUGGAGAGCUACAGGUGCUGGACACCUUAAAUAAAUUGCCCGGAAGAUUUUUUGCAAGAUACCCGAUUAAACCUUAUGGUGAUGGAAAAAUAGACAUUCAAGGAUUUUAUAAGUCCACUCAUUUUUUGAUCCAAGUCAAGUUCACGGCAAAAAAGUUCGGUUAUGGUAAAACAUCAGAAGAAAUUGAAAAUUUCGCGG